AAUUCAAGUUGGUGUUCUAGUUGUUAUCUUAGUUCAUGAUAUUAAAAAUAAAUGUUGAAAUUUUAAUGGUUUAGGUAAUGAAAUAUGCAAAAUGGAUUAGGUUGCCAACAACUUUUGAUUUAACCAUGAUAAAAUGUGGUAAGUUGAAAGAACACAAAUCUUAAAAAACAAUAAAACAUCACAUAAUGUUGUCUAGGAUCAUAUUCUGUUCCGCAGUUACAUUAGCAACAAUAACCGUAAUUGUUUUGGCUUUAGUAUCACCUGUUUCACAUAACAAGAUCCAUUCAAAACCAUGGCUUGAUCUAUCUCUUUACAUUCAACAACCUCAAAACAUAACAACCUCAAAUACACACGCUGUCCCAAGGGAAGAAGCCGGUGCAUUCGUGUUUCACCGCGUGCUUACGGAGGGUCCGGAGAACACUUCGAAGGUUGUAGGAAAAGCGCAGGGUUUCAUAAUUCCCGUGGAACGGUUUCAACAAUCGGAAUUCAAUGUUUUGUAUCUGACUUUUGAUGCACCGGAUCAUUCGGGUAGCUUGAGUGUGGAAGCAGUGAAAGAUAAGGAUGGAGAAGAGUUUAAGGUUGUAGGAGGAACAGGUUCGUUUGCAUUUGCUCAUGGUGUUGCUGUCUUUAGUCGAAGAGAUGAAAAAACAAGCGAUGAAGGUUUGAUUUAUCAUGUUAAACUUGAGCUUGAAUUCCCAAAUCGUUCUCGAAAGAUAGUAUAAUGAAGCAGAGUUUUAGUUUUUAGUUCAUUUUUGGUUGCUGAUUCUUUCUUAUGAGAAGAAUUUUAAGUGAAUUAUAUGUCAAAUUAUGAUUUAUAAUAUGUUUUUGAGACUUGCGAGUAUUAUUCUGUGGAAGUGUAAGUCCCACAUCGCUGGAUAGCAGCACAUGCGAGCAAUAGAGUGUAUAUAAAAUGAAGCAGUGAAAGAUUGGUGAAGUAUCUUUGCGCUUGGGGCAAUGACGCAGCUAGUGAGGUACUAACCGAGGCGCGUCUAUUGCUGGUUGAAAACUAUUUCCAAACCCCCUCUUGGGCCUGGGCUUUGCUUGGGCCUUUGAGAAUUUCUGGAAGGGCUCCCUCUUUUGGGUAAAGCCCUACAA